UAGGGGGCGGGGGUACUUAGACGGGGUUUUUAGCGGGACCCCCUGCCGAGGCUGGCGACGCGUAGUGGAGGGGAAGAGGCGAGGCCGGCCCGGGGGCGCUCUGGGCAAGUCCCCGCUCCCUUUGCCGGUGCGUGGGAGGCCGGAGCCAGCCAGCCCGGAAGCCGGCUUCCUGCGAGUCCCUCUGGCCGCCUCCCAGCCCUAGUCAGCGGGGCAGCAGCCGGGCCGUGUCGGCGGCCGCGGAGCCUGGCGCCAGGAUGAGCAGCGGGGUCGGCGGCGGCUCGCCCCACAGCAUUAACUGCGCGCUGCCCACCAUCCCCUCCAGCAAGCUGCCCGACCUGUGCUUCCUCAGCCGGGGCGCCUACGGCACCGUGUCCUCGGCGCGCCACGCCGACUGGAGGGUCCCGGUGGCCGUCAAGUGCCUGCAGGGGCCGCUGCUAGACAGUGAAAGAACCAAUCUCUUAAAAGAAGCGGAGAUUUUACACAAAGCCAGGUUCAGUUACAUUCUACCAAUUUUGGGAAUUUGCAAUGAGCCUGAAUUUCUGGGAAUAGUGACUGAAUACAUGACAAAUGGUUCAUUAAACCAACUUAUACAUGGGAAAAAUGCAUAUCCUGACAUUGCGUGGUCACUGCGAUUCCGUAUUCUGUAUGAAAUUGCUUUGGGAGUGAAUUAUCUGCACAAUAUGAGUCCUCCAUUGCUGCACCAUGAUUUGAAGACCCAAAAUAUUUUACUGGAUAGCGAGUUUCACGUUAAGAUUGCGGAUUUUGGUUUAUCGAAAUGGCGCAUGGUGUCCACAUCACAAUCCCGAGGUGACAAAUCUCUGCCAGAGGGAGGGACUAUUAUCUACAUGCCACCUGAAGACUAUAAUCCCAAUCAGAAAACCCGUGCAAGUGUAAAGCAUGAUAUAUACAGCUAUGCCAUUAUUAUGUGGGAAGUGAUGUCAAGAAAACAGCCUUUUGAAGAAGUUAUAAACCCCUUGCAGAUUAUGUACAGUGUGUCACAAGGAAAGCGACCAGACACUAGUGAAGAAACUUUAUCAAUGGACAUACCCCACCGAGUGCUGUUAGUAACAUUAAUGGCAAGUGGAUGGGCACAAAAUCCAGAUGAAAGACCUUCUUUUUCAAAAUGCAUAAUAGAUCUUGAACCAGUGCUGAGAACAUUUGAUGAGAUAUCUAUGCUUGAAGCAGUAAUUCUCUUAAAGAGAGAUAAGUCAAAAUAUGAGUCUCAGUGUAUUCGCUUCAGUCACAAGACAGCCAAUGUGGAGCUGACAUCUGUAAAUAUACCUCUGAAUCUUAGUCCACAGGAGGAAACGUGUGCUCCCUUCCUGCAAAGUGGUGCACUCCCCCUCCGGAGCAUGUCACCUGAAUUACCAAGACUCAAAUCUAUACCAAAGUAUAAUAUCCUCUCAACAGGUAAAGACAACAGUUCUGAAGGACCAUGCUCUCUUGUUAGCAUGGAUGAAAAUAUCUCUCCAGCCCAGAGUGCUAAAUUGUAUGUGCCCUGCCACAGCUACCCUUCCUCAUUUGGUGCAGAUCGUUCAGACGCAUCAAAUCCUAUGACACACAUGCUGCAGUCAUCAGCACUUGUCUCAGGUUUUGCUGUGGAAUCUAUGCAACAGGAUGUAGCUCACCAGUGGAUCCAAAUUAGGAGAGAGGACAUUGUCAGCCAGAUGACUGAAGCAUGUCUGAACCAGUCUCUGGAUGCCCUCCUAUCAAGGGAUUUAAUCAUGAAAGAAGACUAUGAACUUAUUAGCACCAAACCUACGAGGACAUCAAAAGUCCGACAACUGCUCGAUACUACUGACAGCCAAGGAGAGGAGUUUGCUAAAGUUAUAAUACAAAAGUUGAAAGACAAUAAACAGAUGGGCCUUCAGCCUUACCCAGAUUUGUCAUCUGCUUCUAAGACUGCAUCUUUACAUUUAUCAUAUCAGUAUAAAGCCAUGUAAAUAUUUCCUUACAAGUAGGUUUCUGUUUCUGAAAGGUUACUUUAUAUCUGUAUUUCUUUUGGUCUUUAUUGCACUUAUAUAAGUCUGGUAAGCGAAAGAAUUAGAUGUAACUAAGGUUACAUUGUAAGGUUAAAACUAGUCAUUUUGAAGAGCAACUGGAAAGAUACACACUCUAAUGAAGUAUUUGAAAGUAUUUUGUUUAUACAUAAAAAGAGAAAAUGUUCCCUAUUCUCUAUUUUAAAUAAUCAUAAUUAUUCCAUUUAUAAAUAUUCUGUAAGUUGUAACUGUCUUAAAAUGAUGGAGAUGCUGCUCUCACUCACUGUCCUGGUAGGAUUGAUAUAAAAGGAAAAAACCCUACAACAAAACCUGUAGAGUUCUGCCAAUGUUCAUUUCUGCUGUAAGCUAUUUUCACAUUACCCUUCUGGGUAGAUUUGUUCCUUCCUAAAGAACACUAAGUCUGCCAUAUGCCUGUAUUUAGAUUUUAAUUUUCUCUCUCCACUCAAGUAGUUAGUAGUGGUAAAUCUAAUGAUACAAGACCUGCACCUGCUCCCAUUUCAGUCAAAGGGAGUGUGAUUGGAUCCACAGACCAGCAUGUGAUCUAGUAGAAUGUUGCUGUCUUUAACUCAUCUCUUGCCUCCACAAGCUUGACACAGAAUCACAUUUUAAAUGUUGAAUGUUGCAUUUGAUUCCUCAAGCUUCUAAUUCCAGUUUAUUUUUAAUGUCUACAUAACCUGCAGUAAGCACUGAUUUUAUGUAGUGUAUAAUGAUCAAGCAUAUGCUGCCCAAGUGGGUUAGCAGUGACACAAUAAACACACAUAACCUCCUUUGACACACAAGCACUAAGAGUGCUGCAGAGCCAGUGUACUUACUUCCUGGAGGAAAAGUGUUGUGUGCUGAUCUGUAGCAGUCCCCUCUGGACAGAGUAAAUAUCAGCACUGAAAAUAGUGCUGUUCAGCAUUUCUGUAGCUGAGAGGGCAGGUCCAGUCAGGCCAAUGGGGCUGUGCAGGUUUGGGGGUGGGGGAGAAUUCUGUGCUUGCCUGAAACUUUCAGUUUGGUGGGCAAUGCCCCUUUCUUACCCCCUCUCUCCCUCCAAACUAAACCUUUGGUGUUCCGCCUUUCUUGUUUUGAGGGAAGGCCAUUGGUGAGAGAGAAGUCUGAGAGGACGAAUCUGAUUUUGUUUUAAUUCUCUUUAGCACAAUUAAUACAGCGUGAAUGGUUAUAAAUCCGAUUUAUAGCUUUUUAAUUUUCGUGGAUGCAGCACAUACACACCAUCUACAUUUUACAGCAGUAAGAAGUUGAGUUCAGUUAUGCUGUGCGCUGAAUGCCAUUGGCACUAACAAGAAUUUUGCAAUUGAAAAUCCCACCUCCUCAUCCAAGAAGGUUACAAUCAGCAUUAGUAGUUUACUGUCCUUGUCAUAAAAGCCAAACCAAUGAAGAAUCCAAAUUAUUGAUACUUGAAAAUCUUGGAGGAUAAGCUAGGGACUGACCCAUUUCAAACUAGUUCAGGGUCUAAAUUGUGCAUCUCUGCUUUGCCAUGUUUAAACACAUAGACAUGAUGUUUUAGUAUCUGUCUUCACUUGUUUUGUGAACUGAGUCACCAGAAUGUGACGUAUAAUUUCCUGUAAACUUUUGCAGACUUUACUAGGUAAAUUAACAUUUUUGCAGUAAGUUGGAAUUUUGCAUUUCAUCCCUGUUUCUGUGCAGAUAUUUAAACUUGUUACCAAUGUAGAAGUUCUAACGAAGGCACCAGCAACACAUAAUGGGACAGUGUGAAGCUCCAGUGUGUGUGCUUUUUAUAGAAUAGAUUUGAAGAUGACCUGGUGGAAUAUGGCCAUAGUGAGCUGUGCCAGUCUUGCUAGUGAUUGCAGACCUACAUAAUGUCCAUACAAUGUGCCUUUUUUAAAUGCAAGACUGUUGUACCAAUAAAUAAUUGCAAAUCCUCUUUCUUUAGGCUCAUCCUAUACUAUAAAAUUGUCAUAGGGCCCAGCAGUACUUCAGACGCAGAGAUGAGCGGUGCCAAAUAUCUAGAAAAAUCAGUAAUUGACUGCACCGGACAUGUUGCUUGCAAAUUUGAGAGCAAAAUUGAAGACAGUGCUAAAUGAUAGUGAGUAAAUCGGAAGUGGACUGGAACAAUAAAGUGAGAAAAGAAAUAUUGUAACUAUAGGUGUCACCUGCAUGCCUGAAUAUUGCUUCCAUUUUUCCAUCCCCAACUCCUUCCCAUUCAUUGUCUCAGUCUUGCCCUCUGAAAUGGUGCAGGAUGUCUUGAUUUUUAUAAAAUACAUUUCAUGAAUGGGCAUUGCUAAAUAUAUGGUAGAAACAGUAUCUGCUUUGGGAUUGGGUUCUCUUGUGGUACACUAAUACAAGAUUGAAAUUUUCAUUUUGCUAGUCUAAAUUCAUAACAGAUUACAAUGUUCUUCAAUAAGCUAUACACACUAUUAUUACAUAUCUUGUUUCUUCGUCUUUUUAGGUCUUGGUGAAAGAAAUAAACUUUAGCAGGGGUAAAGGGGAAACCUAGUAAGAGCGUUAGCAUAGUUAGGUAUAGAUUUGUCCUUUCUUCCCUUCCUUUUGAAACAAAGACUGAUUUUCUUCUAGACUGUUCUCAGAAGGGGGGUGAUACCUCCACCAGUCUCCAUUUUUGUUGUUUUAUCUGAAUGUACCUUUUACAACACUAUAUAAGUGUUCACUGUGAGAAUAUGGACGACACAUUCAUGUUUGGUGGAGAGGAAAAUAAUUGCAUUUAUAACUAUCCAUUUAUGGCAGAUUCUACUUGUGUGUGUCUAUGAAUCUACAUUCAUCUGGUUCAUGGGUUUUGCUGAAAGGGAGUAAAUGGGGGAAGAGUCUUAAAAACCCUGCUGGGCACAUUUGCUGACAUGGGAACUAAUCCUGGCCCCAGUGACAGACAAGAACGUCACCCUAUGGCAUUUCUAGAGCCAAAGUAUACUAGUGUGCCACUUGGAAACUUUUUAACUUUUUUCCCCUUUUAAUUCUUAACUAUGUAUUUUAAUAUAAGGAAAUAAAUUGCACAGAGUAGCUAGGAGUCUAUGAUCUUGUAAUCAAUAGUCUGAGGUACUAUGUGACACAUGGAGAGGAUGAUGAUGGAGGUAUGGCUCUUGUCCUACUGUGAAGUUACACUGGAGCAGCCCAACUGUACCAAACUGGGAAUUAGAUAUUCAUUUAUUGCUGCUGACCUGUUCUUUUCAAAUGUCAAUUUCUUUUCAAUUGAAGGUGGGUAACUAACCGGUCAUCAGAAGUGACCAAUACAAAAUUUUCAGCUCUUGACUGAAAAUUGAAUACGCAAAGAGUUUGGGGGCAUGUUGUCAGCUGUGCAGUGAUGAAAUAGCUGGUAAUCCAGUUAACCAUCCCAAUAGUAAUUCAAAUAACCAUCUUCCUGAUGCUCCCCAAAUCCCAGGCCUGGCCCUGUGCAAAUGGGAAUCUGUUCUCUAGGAUAUAAAGGCCCUAAACAUAAUUGUUUUGCAAGCGUCCCCUUAAACACCAAGACCAGCUCUUCAGGUGAGUACUUGUCUGCCUCAAGGAUAACAAAGAGAACAGAGGGCUAUGGGGAAAGCUCUGAGGAGUUUGGAAAGUAUCUAGCACAAGGGUGGUACUGCCACAAUCUCUGCAAAUAAUAAUAAUUUUAACUGAGGUUUGUAAAAUAGAUUUUUCUCAUAAACCAAAUCCGGAGCUGUGAUGGAAUUAGAAGUGCUCUGUAAAAAAUGUAUGAAUACUGUAUGUUGACCUGGUUAUUGGUAUGUUUAUUGUCUGAAUAUAUUGAUUUGGUUCAAUAGGGCCUAUAAGGAAGAACAAGCAGGAAGGGGGAAAGACUGGCUCAAGAUAAGCCAUUUCUCCACAGACACUUGAGGAUUGUUAAGAGACAAUGCCAGGAUAGGAAACAGCAUGGGCAGAGAACUGUCACGUGUAAAAAGAAACCCGUCUCAAGGUUAGGGCAGUUGUUUGGAGGAAUGAGUCUGAGAUAGAGGUACUCAUUGUGAGGGGUCUGAGGAAGUCUGUCCUGUCUAGGUUACUCAAAGACUUACCAUUCCUUAAUGGUAAGAUAGAUGUGUAAACUCUGUGUGGUGUAGAAGUCCUAUUUUUCUCUAAAUGGUUUUUCCAACUGUGAGAAUAAAUAAUACUUUGGUUUGAAGAA